AUGCCUACUCUAGCGCUCAACAACUUCAACAUUGUCUGUGCGACUUUGGGGGGGUUCAUCACCGCUUUUGGGCUUGUUAGUUAUUUGAUGAAAGAGAAGUUCUACCUUAGUGAAGCGCUCGCUGGACUCAUCUUCUCUCCGCACGCCACAAACUGGAUCAGACCGGAGGAAUACGCACUUAACAAUGAAGUGGUCUUAGAUACCAUCACUCUUUACUUUACACGCCUGGUUCUCGGCGUUCAAUUGGUGCUUGCAGGCGUACAGCUACCGUCAAAAUACUUAAAGACAGAAUGGAAGAGUUUGGCGCUCCUGCUCGGCCCUGUCAUGACGGUCAUGUGGCUCGUUACUAGUCUACUAGUUUAUGCCUUGGUUCCGCACAUCAGCUUCCUGCAUGCGCUGGCUGUAGGUGCUUGUGUCACACCUACGGACCCUGUGUUGUCGAACUCUAUCGUCAAGGGCAAGUUUGCCGACAAGAAUAUUCCAAAAGAACUACAGAAAAUCAUCGUUGCGGAAUCAGGCGCGAACGACGGUCUGGGAUACCCGUUUCUAUUCCUCCCUCUCUAUCUGAUUCAGCACAUUGGCCACGGAGGUCAGGGUUCAGACAAUAGUACCCAAAUAGCAGUAGGUUUGUGGUUCGGCGAGACGUGGGCAUAUACCAUCUUGCUAAGCGUAGUCUAUGGUGCUGUGGUGGGCUGGGUUGCAAAGGAACUACUACAUUGGGCUGAGGAGAAGAAGUAUGUUGAUCGUGAAAGUUUCUUGGUGUUUGCCAUCACCUUGGCUCUCUUCAUCGUUGGCACUGUUGGUAUGAUUGGCAGCGACGAUGUGCUUGCUUGCUUCAUCGCUGGAAAUACAUUUACAUGGGAUGACUGGUUUCGCCUGGAAACAAUGGACGACUCGUUCCAACCUACCAUCGAUAUGCUGCUCAAUGUUUCCAUCUUCAUUUGGUUCGGAGCCGUUGCUCCCUGGCGCCUCUUUGCGACUUCGCCUGUAAUUCCCAUUUACCGGCUCAUUCCUCUCGGCAUCUUGGUCUUGAUGUUCCGCAGGCCUCCCAUCAUCUUCGCCAUGCACAAACAGAUUCAUCAGAUUGAACAGCGACGACAAGCUUUGUUCGUUGGCUUCUUCGGCCCAAUUGGCGUAAGCGCCAUCUUCUACCUAUACAUCAGUCUCGAGUUCUUAAGCGGGAUCCGAGUCAACGGCGAGAUAAGAGAAGAUUGUGCGUAUCUUAUGGAGGUUAUGAAAGUAGUCAUCUGGUUCCUGGUGAUCUGCUCUGUCAUCAUUCACGGCCUUUCUAUUCCCAUGGGAAAACUCGGAUUCCAUAUCCCGCGUACACUCAGCUCAGCUCUCUCUUUUGGUCGCUCAAACUCCGGCUUCCCCGAUGAACCGGAGGCCCCAUUCCACGUUCGCGACGAAAAUAUUACUGACGCCGAAUCCCGCGUGCGUCGCCGUCCUGGCUGGUCGCGUAAUGGUGGAGAUUCGCUGCCCAACCGUGUUGUGCGUAUCGGAAGGAGCUUGAUUUCUAGUGGGACAAGCUCGGCGAGUACGUCGAGAGCUAAUAGUACUGCAAGAGUAGCAAUGCCGAUACCGCCUUUGAGUGAUGCAGGGAGCGAGGGCCGUCCAGAUGGCGGUGUUACUACUCCUGCGGCUACUGCAGCGCUCGGAGAGGGUGUCGUUCCUGGGCGGACGAUCAGGUUCAGGGAUGAGCAGGCGGAAAUGGGCACUUCUAAGGCUGAUAGAAAGGACUAA